CUAGCAGCGCACGAAAUCACAAUGUCAAAAUAUUCGCUUUCUGAACCAGCUACUAUUUUUACAACGGACGGCGAAUUUGAGUUCAACCCUAGUAGCUUGAACUUUGAAAACUAUCUUUCAUCGCCUGCAAGUGAAGAAGCCGAAGCAAUAACUUCCUCUGAGGCUACUCCAACUUCUCCCCGAACCUCCUCCUCUCUACAAGAUACAUCUACCUCUCCAACAAGCAUUUCUCCAAACCAGCCUUCAAGGAAUUCGAAACAAAAUUUUUUAUCUUUGUUUAAAAAGAAAGAUACUUCGAACAGUAUAAAUACCAACCCUACAACCAGACCCAUCACUGCACUACCUCAACAAUCACUGGUCAAUGCAAAUUCUCUCGCGCAUGAUUGUAAUUUGGACACUACAGAAAAUACUCUGCAAAAUAACAAUGAUUUAGAGACUAAUCAUAAAGUAUCGCAAUCUAUCAUUGGUAGCGUUAGUGUACCAGACCUCCCUGCAUUGAACACUAAUGCGUUAGAUGAUGAGUACAAUGCAAUGAUCAAGCAUCAGGCCAGUGAUAUAGGCAACCGUGCUUCUGAUGGAACUCAUGGCUUGGUUAAUGACUUUUCCGGAGGAAGGCAUCCAAGCGUUUCCUCUAAAAAACACAAAAAAAGAAAAAACAGUAUAGUUUCUGAAAAAGCGUUUAAGGAAGACUUUGGAUUUAGGUCAACCUCCGAUAAUUCUCUUAAUCACUGUGAACGCCCACCAAUUCCAGAUUUUCAUGUACAAAAUUCUCAAAUUGUAUCUUCUGACACAUCACAUCAUACACAAGCCACACUAGAUGUUAAAAAUGAUUCUACAAUUCCGGAACCUCUUUCCUCUGCUACAACCAUUGAUGAUACCUUUUCGGAUAAUAGUGCAAGUAUUGAUGAAAAAGAAUUGCUUAAACGUACAUUACUAGAGUACUCCUCUGUGUAUACUGAUUACGAAUUAGACGAUGACAAUGAUCGAAAAUCAAGUUUGUACCGAAUGUCUAUACUAGGUGCUAACAAAAGUGUUCCUGAUAACAUUGGGAGAACUUAUAAUUGGAAUGAUCAAUCUUCAUAUGAUACCACUGAGAAUAUACCGAUAAAUACGAAUUAUACAACCAAUUUUUUUGAUAGUAAAAGAGUUAGUGGAAACACAUUCAUGAGUUUACCUGUAAUAAAAAGUGAAAAGAAAAAAGCUGAAUCAAAAAUGGUAUUGGAAGAUAUAAAAACUUUUAGUUUAUCUCGAGUCAAAGAGGAAGAUAAUGAAGAUGAUAUCAUUGUUAAAAAAUUCUCUACAAAAGGUUCAAAAACAAAUGUGAAAGGGAGCACAAAGAAUUCAA